UAUAAAGAGGUGAUGCAACCCCGGGCAGGAGAGAGUGAGUGAGUGGCGGAGGCAGGGAGGCUCACACGGUCACUGACACUCACACGGGGCACCUCUGCCUGUCUGUCUGCCCCUGCUCGGAGGACACCGACAGCUCCAGCGAGAAAAUGAUGCUUCAGUACUCUGGACAAGGAUCGGCGGCGGAGGUCAGCGCCUCGGCGAUCGUUCCCUGCCUCUCGCCAACGAUGUCGUUCGGCUUCGAAGACUUCGCCAACUUUACGCCGCUGGUGAAGGAGGAACUGAGGUUCGCCAUUCAGAACAAGCGCAGAGCGCCCUGCACGCUGGAUACCGUAGUAGUCUCUGAAGGACCCGUGCAAGUGUCCAUCCCUAAAACCGAGUUUGUGCCAGAAGAGGACGAGAGGAAAAAGAGGAGAAGAGAAAGGAAUAAGGUAGCAGCUGCUAAAUGUCGAAACAAGAAGAAGGAAAAAACUGAAAGUCUACAGAAGGAAUCUGAGAAGUUGGAAUCAAUCAACGCAGAUCUGAAAGCCCAGAUCGAGGAAUUAAAGAACGAGAAGCAACACUUAAUAUACAUGCUUAACCUCCACCGACCUACCUGCAUAGUCCGGGCGCAGAACGGAAGGACACCAGAAGAUGAACGGAACCUUUUUAUCCAACAGAUCAAAGACGGAACCCUUCAGAGCUAAAUGACUGAGACAGACAAUCGAAUCCCGCUAUUGUAUUGCAAGUAGAACUCCUAAGCCAUCCUGAGCCCUCGUGGAUAUGAUGUAUUCUGGAGGGGGGCCAGGUUGCUGCAGAAUUUCCGUCCGGGGAAAAAGGAAGCUCUAUGAAGAACGAAGUGAACAAGUCACAUCGGUGGAAAGUAUCUCACCUGAGUUGUAUGCUCAAUACUCUCAACUUUUUUUUCUCAACUGGUGUUCUUGGAAGCCAUUAAAAAACAGUUAUAUGCUGUCUUUUUUUUGUAAACAAGAGCAAUGGACUAGUUUUGCCUCCAAUAGCUGAUCUAUGUGAUCAUUUCUGCUUUUUUUUUUGCUAAAAAGGAAAGCACAAGUUGAAAGUAUUGAGUGUUUUCAGGCAGUUGGUUGCGCGGAAGUGUUACGCUCCGAGCCGCUGCCUUGCAAGUCAAGAGAAAAGGUUUCUCUUGAUCCCUUAAGAAGUGUUGAAGACUGGACAAGGUCCGUACAUUAGCCCCAUGGCUUUAUG